AUGUCACCGUUCGGGGGACGACUGUCACGAAGUACUAGCAUGUCCUGCCACAAUCGCUCUAUCCCUUUUAUUUUCGUCGCAUUUCAAAAUUGGCCAGGUCAAACAAAUUCCCCUCCUUUUCCUCCAGGAUCACCUAUGACAUUGAUAUCUGGAAAUCUUCAUCAACUUCAGCGAAUUGGGCCUGCAUUGGUCAGGCAUAUGAAGUGGGUUGAGAAAUAUGAUCCCAUUUUUCCAGAUUUGCGUGUUCACGCGCCGAAUCAUCGUUCCAAAUCCGUGAUAGAUUUGCCCGAAUGCAAGCCAAACAUAUACUCCGAUCGGCCGGUCGUUUGGGAUGUAUAA